AUGGCGUGGGAGCGCCUCGUGAGGUCGCUUGUCGCGUUGGCUCGCCUACGCGGCUAUUGGGUCCAGCUGGGGAAUUACUUGCAGGACGGUCGCCAUGAGUACCUGCUCACGUUCGGCGUUCGGUUGCCCGCGGACGAGCAGAAGCCCUCCGCGGCCGCGCAGAUCGACCUGUCGGACGCGGACGACGGGGCGAAGGGCCGCAAGCAGGCGAGGCAGCGCGAGGCGGCGCCCGAAGCGAGCUCGGCGGCCAGGCCCGCGGCGGGCGCCGUUGCCGCGACCUCCAAGGCGGAGGGCGGCGUCGUGCCCGACUCCGACGAGGAGGGGGGCGAGCUGCUCCCGGAGGACCUGCCGCCCUACCCGGAGCUGCCGCCCCCCAGGAUAGAGGACGAGCUGGACGAGGCCCUGGUCCAGGCCUGCACGGUGGCCAAAGAGGCGGCCAACGCGGCUCUCGAGGAGGGGGACGCCGCCAAGGCGCUGGGGAAGCUCACCGAG